CAUUUUUCAAUAAGGAACACACUAAAAACUCUUAAAUCUCUGAAACUUUUUAUUUCUGGAAUACCACCACAAUUCCUGAAUUGUGCUAGAAAACAAUUGCCAUCAGAGGUACACAAAAGUGUUUUCCAUUUUCUUAUUUCAUUAAAUCCUGGCUACUGUUGCUUAAUUUUAAUUAAAACUAUUCCAAUAUGACACGAGCACCAGGAGACGCUGGAGCUGUUAGAAGGCAAAGAUUGUGGCUUUACGAGUCCGUCAGAAUGAUCAAACGAAAAUUACAAGAUUUAGCCGUAUGCUGCUCGUACCAAGUGGAUUUCCUACACGAGAAAAAACAUUCGGUAAAAGAGUUCAAACGGAAAUACGAAGUAUUAGAUGAAAUUGGACGUGGUGGAUUCGGAAUAGUGUAUGAAGCAACAACUCGACAGGAUGGACAACAGCCAGUUGCCGUUAAAUUUGUGCAACAUAAACAUGUCAGAAGCUGGACAAUGACAUGCCGGCAACUAAUUCCUUCAGAAGUAUGUCAUUUGGAGACGUGCGAAGACAUUCCAGGUGUGAUAAAAAUCCUCGAUUGGUUUGCAAAUUCAAAAGGUUUUCUAAUCGUGAUGGAGCGACCGGCCAAUUGUAUGGAUCUGUUCGAUAUGGUUUCUGUACAUGGUCCACUCAACGAGGAUAUGGGGAAAUUUAUAUUUAAGCAGGUAAUCACAACGGUUUUCAAUAUGUACAGUAAGCACGGACUUCUGCAUCGAGAUAUUAAAGAUGAGAAUUUGAUUGUGAAUAUGAAUACAGGAGAAGUGAAAUUGGUCGAUUUCGGAGCAACAGCAUACGCGGAAAAGGCCACGAAAAAAGAAUUUCAGGGCACUCGGUCAUACUGCCCUCCAGAAUGGUUCCGUGAUCAACUUUAUCUUCCACUCGAAGCCACAUCCUGGUCUCUCGGAGUUCUACUCUUCAUCCUUCUAACCGGAAAACUCCCAUUCCGCAACGAGAUUCAAAUCUGUCUUGGAAAUGUCAAAUUUCCACCUGAUCUCUCAAAAGAAGUGUGUCAACUCGUCAAAAGUUGCCUGACAACUUCUACGUCUGCACGUGCAUCUUUAGCACAGAUAGCUGCUCAUCCAUGGAUGGAGACUGAUAAACCAUUUUUUGGUGGAGACUUGACUUUUGAGGAAGCUCUUAUGGAAAUCAAAAAUCCUCCUGUAGUGAUCGAAGACAAAGAAGCUGAGGAAGAGGAUAAUGAUCUCAACGAUGUAGUGAUUCUGACGAGAAGCCGUGAAAGUCGAACUGAUUUGGAUGCAGAAAGUAUUUGUACAAUGGUCACUGCUGUUGAAGAUCGAUAUGAGCCAUCGAUUGCUGUCAAAGAGUUGGAGCAAGAAGAGAUUGUUGAGACAGGCGAAACGACGAAUCUUAUGCGUAGCGAAUCUCGUUACGACAAUAUUUCAUCGUCCUCUUUCUGCGAUUAUGUCUCAUUGGUCUCCUCAUCAUACGACGAUCAAUUCACUUCGACUUCUGAUAUCUACCAAUCGGCUUGUGAAGUGUUCCCACACACAGGCUCGUCAUCCUCACUGAGCAGAAGCAUGGGAGCAGUCAAAUCAGCAUCCGCCUAUAAUUUAGUUCGGAUGCGAAAGAAAUCGAGUAUUUUCAAAUCAUUUGACACAGAACUCGAUCCAGUUUCUGAAAACGAUCAUCAACCAUUGAUUCCUGAGACGUCGUCAGCAACGUGUCAGUCAACAUACAGUAAUGAUGAAGAUGUGACAAUAUCGGAAAAAGUUGUAUCACCAGCUCAGCCACUGCCACCACCUCUGUCCCCUCGGAAAGGAAGCCUUCAAUGCUUCGAAUCAGUACCAAGAUCUCGAGAUUCUGUUAUCAGAAUGUCACGUCAUCGUCCACUUCAAUUUGCAAUUGAUUCAUCAUCACCACCGCCAGCUCUUGCCAUUUUUCAAGUCAGCCCAACAGCAUCUGUUGGUUGAUUUUCGACAUUUUUCUUUGUGAAUUUUUCUUAUAUAGAAGGGUAAAAUCGGGUCAAUCAUUUCCACUUGUACAGCACCUCUUCUAUGGGUUUUAAAAGUUUCGUUUCCUUCUUGAAAAAUGAAUUGUUU